GUGUUUCUCUAUGCUCCAUGGUAUUGUUAUAUUGACAAUCGUCGUAUAAAACUGGAUUGUUUGUAGUUUUCUUAAAAAUUACAAUAAAAUAAACAAAAAACACCGAAACAGGUUUAUAGUGUUUUCGUUCCAGACAUGGGUCGCCGCAAAUCAAAACGAAAGCCUCCACCAAAAAGGAAAGCUAUAGAACCACUGGAUCAACAGUUCAACUGCCCUUUUUGUAAUCAUGAAAAGUCUUGUGAAGUAAAAAUGGAUCGUGCAAGGAAUACGGCUAGAAUACAAUGUCGGGUUUGUCUGGAAGAUUUCCAAACAACAACCAAUGUUUUGUCAGAACCCAUAGAUGUUUAUAAUGAUUGGGUGGAUGCCUGCGAAACUGCUAAUUAGUUUUAAGGUUGUCUUUAGGUAAUUAUAACAAAUGUAUAUUUUAAAAGAGUGUUUCGUUUAAACUUGAAAAACUAUUAUUUUCAUUGCUUUGAGCUUGACAAGUUCAAUUAUAAUUUGUUUCUACCUUAAAUUUAAUACUAGGACCAAUAAAGUAUCACUGAGACAGAACAAAUACAUAAGCUAGGGAUGUAUUUGUCAAAAACAAACUAGCCAUUCUGAACUAUUUUAGUUCAAGCACAUCUGGUUGUUCCUGUAAUUGUGCUCUAUUGGGCAUAUGGUAGGUCCUAAAGGUGAUCUAUGAGGAAUACAUGUUACAACAACCACUAAGAUUCUACAAAUUAAAAAUAAUAUUAAAAAUAACGAAAUAGGCUUGUGUAGACAAGUCCUUGUCUAUUUUAGUUUUAUUUAUCAUCUCGUAUUAAAUAUAGUAGCAUUUUAAGCAUAUACUAAUUUGUUUUAAUAAUUAUUUCAUUGUACUGUGUAAGUAGGCAUGUGAGGGAUUGCACUUAGUUUAUUUACCUUGAUACUGAUUGAUAACUGUAAUUAAGACCUUAAAUAUUUAAAACCUCAUUAUAAUAUACAUGUUAAAAAAAAAACGACUGAAGAUAUUUACUUUGCCUUUAUGUUAUAAUUUUAACAUGAAAGUGGGACCCAGCAUUUUAAUUCUCUACCACUGAGUUUAUCUAAAUUUAUUACUAUUAUGUUUUUUUUCAUAAUUUUUUUAUUACUGCAUAAACAUCUGUGGUCAAUUAUGUUGAACAAGCUAUGGAUAAGAAAAAUGAAUUCUCUAAACCGUGAUGUAAAAUGUUUCAUCUUUUGACUUUAUGGAAAUAUACUUUAUUUUAGUUC